CUACGAGUACAGCAUGCGACUGAACCGACGCACAAGGCGAUCCUCCCAAUUCGGAUCUUUCUGUCCUAUUGGGUGGUGAGCAACAUGUCCGACGGGCUCUAUGGCGUCAAGCAGGCCUCCAAAACCAAAGCCAAAGAAAUAUCCUCCUCCACGUCGCUCGCCUUUUCCACAAACCUCGCAUCACUAAUCUCGAGUUCCUCUUCAUCAAAAAACAAGUCCACUUCUGGGCGACCUAGACCUGCGAAAGACAAAUCAGACAUCUUCACAGCGCACAACAAGAACGUCAACAAACGCUCUGCCGCCGAUCUCGAAGAUAAUGAACAGCGCCACAAAACAAGAGAUGACAUCGGCUCCGUCGAUGCUGCGGAGCUGCACAGGUCCAAGAGGAAGAUGGAAGACAAAGUUAGACUAUACAAUGCCAUGAAGCGCGGUGAAUACAUUGGUCGAGAAGACUACGACGAGCGAGGACUUGUAGACUUUGAUCGGAAAUGGGCCGAAACUCAAGCAAAAGGGCAAGCCAGUGACUCUGACGCUUCUGAUUCAGAGGACGCUGGGACCGAUGAUGACGACAUCGUUGAAUACUUUGACGAAUUCGGUCGGUUGCGGAAAGGAACAAAGGCACAGGCUGCGCGAGAAGAGAGGAGGAAGAGGGUACAAGCUAACGCGGCCGAAGAAGAAGAACGCAUGUCCGCGAGACCUUCAAUGCCAACAAACGUCCUCUACGGAGAUACCAUCCAGCACUCUGCAUUCAAUCCCGAACAGGACGUUGCGGAUCGGAUGGCAGAAAUUGCGAAGAAACGUGAUAAAUCUGCCACCCCGCCACCAGAUUUGCAUUUCGAUGCCAACGCCGAGAUCAGGACGAAGGGCACCGGCUUUUACGCUUUUAGUCAGGAUUCGGACCAGAGGCAGAAGGAAAUGGACGCCUUGGAGAAGGAAAGAAAAGAGACUGAGCGUAUACGUCAGGAACGUGAAGAAAAGAAAGAACAGCGACGAAAGGAAAUUGAAGAAAGACGCAAAAUCAUCGCCGAGCAGAGAGCCAAGGCUCAAACAGACAAGUUUCUGGCCAGCUUGGACAUUGAAGGAGUAUGAGCAUGGUUCAGGUCAUCUGCGGUUAUCCUUCUCGUGCAAGUGACGAACAUAUUAAUGCCGACCUACACCAACACGGAACCACUGGGGAAAUUUAACCUGGCGGCCAAAGGUCACUGCUUACGGAUCUUGUGAGGGCGGUGAGCAUUUGUACUUCUCAGCAAUAUCGACCGGGGACUCGGCGUUCAACAGAGACCUCGACGAGUCUGGCUGUAAAUGCCGCAUACUACUGCGUCCCUCUACAUCUAUUGCAUGGCAAACCGAGACCCAAUUCAAACCAGCCUGUCUAUUAUUCCUCACGGUCAACGGCCCUUGGGCAAGCCUCCGUCCAUAAGUCCAACCUCAUUUUGGACAGUCCUCCCUUCGAUCUAGUGCAGUAGCACCCGGCUCCUUCAAGUAGUACGCAAGAUCGGCACCUUCUUCAUCCUCCAACUUUGUCCGGCCGUUGCCCAGGAAGCUGAACCUGUUGGUCGUCAAGUACUUGAUGUCAAAGUCCUCCCAUCGAGGUGAGGCCAUCAACUCGAGAUAGUGAAGAGAAGAACCAGGCCAAGGUCCCCAGACCUUGCCAUCCUUCUGACCAUUCUUGUACCUGCACCACGAUCAAGGAAAACGGCAAAUGUUAGUCUUUCAAGCGCCAAUAUAAUCCCCGGGCUAUAAUAGAGUCAUGUGACAGUACUCGGAAGAUCACCUGGAGUAAAGAGGUGUAAAAGAGGUAGACAAGAUGAAACGUACCACGAUGCACAUGAACCUGUCCAGACUAGAUCCGCCAUCAGCGAAUCCUUGUACUCUUGGAAAUCGUCGACGGCGUUUUGUGAAGGCGCUAGGCUCUUGAUGCUAGCAUACGCAAUCUUCUUUGCGGCCGUGAAGGCGUAUUUGAUAUUCGCUUCAAGGCAGGGGAUCAAGCAACCGUUGGCCAGAGGGAAAUUUGGCCCGCUGAUGACUACAGAACAUGCAUUUUGGUCGUUAGCAAAACUCAUUGUUAAUUUGUCCAAAUCAUUUGAAUCGUGACUUGUGGAUCACCUCGAAGAGAGAGAUACGGGUUUGACGAGAGUGUAUACUGACUAAAGUAAUUGGGCAUUCCAGCCGCCGUGACCGAGAGGUACGAUCUGGGUUCUGAUCUCCAGAGAUCGCGCAAGUCCUGUUUGUCGUAGCCGAGCACGGGGAAUGCAGGCUUGAAAGAGGUAUCGAAUCCCGUGGCACAAAUCAAGGCCUCGACCUCGACGAUGGUUCCAUCUUUCAUCUUGAGACCCUGCGGCACGACACCGAUGAUCUCAUCGUUCC